GCGAAAUCUGCGCGCGCGAAUGUUUCGUUCUCAAGCGAACGCGUCUACAGAUCCCUGCUGAAAUGACUGGAUUUCGCCUGCUGCACCUCACGCAGUUCGGAGAUGAACGUUUCGCCGUUUUUGUUGUUUUGCACAUGAAAGCAGGUGCGUAUUUACUCCUGAAGCAGUCAGGGUUUCCUGAUGCGGGUCUGAACUUCUGCUUCCUGCAGGUUUGUCUUUCUGAAUGAGGGCUUUUUCCGUUUCCAUGGUAACAAACAUCUCGCAUCCCGUGUUUCUGGUCGUCGGUCUGCUCGAGUUCCGUGAGGAGCCGCUGUCAGAAGCAAUGAGGGAGCGAGUCGAACGCAUCUGGACUAGAUGGGGCUUUAAAUCGCCGCACAUGAGUUUCAUUUGGCAGGAGAAAAACAGAAGGGCUUUCAUACUGGCAUGAAGGCGGUGUGUUUUAAAGGAGAUGCUGUCAUCCGUGUCACGCCAUUCUUUUUCCUGUAGAGUCCUGCAUUAGUGCCGCCGCUGCUGCUUUUUCAUCAGGAACUUCUGCCCGGAGCUUUUCUCACACACAACGUCCGUCAGAUGCUGUUAAAACUCAUCUGACAGUCAUAUCGCACACAUAUCUCUAGCUGUGUAAAUCACUUUAAUUAUAAUGACUACAGACCAACACAUUCAUUAUUACUUUAUUUAUGAAUCAUUUUCCCAGUGAGGUCAUUAUUAUGUCAGAUUUUGCAGACACGUUUGUUCCCAGACUGUCGCUAAUAAACAUUUCUGACUCUCCACACACGCGCCUCCGUAGCGUUUCCUGCGUUGGGAAUGAACUGCUGUUUUGAAGUUUAUUGCGUCUGACGCCUUCAUUAUCCUCCGCAUGCACGCGCAAUUUAUGCUUGGCAAAGGUUUACCAAACACGUGCACGCUCACGCUGAUCCAUCUAUCGCGAGCAUCUGCAGUCACGCGCAGAGACAUUUUUUGUGUCACUUUUCAGACAGAUCGCAGUGCGCGCGAGUGAGGCGCGUGGCCGCUAGAUGGAGAGAGAGACGCGCGCGCUGGAGUUCAGUUGUCUUACUGAUAUUUGCUAAGAAUGUAAAAACAUUUCUAAACAUGUUUACCGGACUAACACUUUUAAGAACCUUGUGGAAGGAAAAUACUAUUUCCACAAGAUUUAAAUUUGUGUGCAGAAUGUAACGAUGUUCUUUAUUCUCAUCCGCUUCUAAACUGAUAGUUUAACUGGUGAAAGUUAAACUAUUAAGUGUAACUUAUAUUCCGUAUAUCAUAGUAAAAUAUGAUAUGAUCGGAUUAGCCAUAUAUUAAAGGUCAUUUUGUCAUUUGCGUUAAUCAAAUGAAGCCGCAGAAUCUGUAUUUUCUCUUAUGAUGCUUUGGUAAAAACAUGACAGUAAUAAUUCUGGUUUUGAUAAAACCGAUAGAAAAUUACUUUGUGAGGAAAGAAGAGAGAUUGAUAAACAUUGUUUUACUUUCUAUUAAUGUAUGAAUCGAAUUUAUACUCGAACUUCACGAUAAAAUGCAGCAUUACGCUCACAGUCCGACAACAUGAUUUAUUAGUCGAAUUCAUUUAAAACUGAAUGAAAGUUUUUUUGUAGGCUAUUACAUGUCACAAUUUCCCAUCAACGCUCAAUAAAUCGGAUUGGUUUAUUAAAUACGUUAACUUACGCUAUUAAUUUACUGAAAUAACUUAGCAGUCAUAUAAUAAAUUAGGAGUUGUUUAGUUAAGUUUUAAUUUUGUUGUAAAAGUUCACAAUACCGUAUAUAUUAUCCUAAACAAGAAAGAAUUUCUGAGCCAGGAUAUCACAUUAAGAAACACUGCACAUUUUAGAAUUAUUAUGAUACUUCCUUAUUUGUGCUGUUGGUACGUUUGAGGAAAGUCUGCCGAAAUCAGAUGCAUCAAAAAUAAGAAUUAAGAGAAAAGUCAAAAAAGAAAGAUUUUUGGUUGUUUGUUUAUUGCUAUCCGUUUUUAAUUUUAUUUUUGUUUUUUACUGUUGUUAGUAUUAUAACUAAUGGUGUUGCUGUUAAAUGGAAAAUUAAGACCGAGUCUUACGCAUAUUCCUAGAUAAUUCCUAUUUUUCUUGUAUCGUUUUUAGGCCUCACUCAUUCUGAAUGACAAAAACGCACUCAAUAAUGACGCGGACAAGAGUCGAAAUUAGUUUAACGAAAGAUUUUUUUUAUCUCUUUUUUUAAUUCAGUGACUAUAUUUAUUGAACGAAAUCUGUUACAACUAAUAUGCGGGGUUAUUAAUUAAAUUUAAAACGACUAAUCAAAAGAUAAAAAAUAAUUCUCCAUAUUUUAAAUGACACAAAGCCACAAACACGACUGGAGCUCCAGACAAGAGCGUUUAGUCGUGAUAAAUGAAUUUAUAAAAAUGGAGCAGUGGCGGCUCGUUAAUCUGAAAGAAGUGGCUACUUACAGGUGUGAAUCCGCUUGAUCCGACGGCGAGUGACCUGAGAAUAAAAUCACACAUCAGUACUAGAUUUAUGUGAUGUACCUGAGCACUCAAUAUUAUAGAGGUGCCAUUAUUUUUGCUCCUUAAAAACGUUCAGUAAAACGAUGCGUGAGUCUGUGGCAGAGAUUGAGUUUUCGGUAAUUACGUUAAAUCCAUCGUGCUUUUUUGCGUCUGUUCGAGUUGCAGGCCUACUGUUUCAUCAGCUCGUAUUUAGUCGUCACUGUCACUUCAAAGGGUCACUGAUAUCUUCUCAGUGAGGGCAGCAUCUCUGCUCGGGUGUGUAAGGGUUAACGGGUUAGGCGUUCUGGGUGUUCUGACGUGCUGCUGUAAAUAUGUGCAAGCUCCACACGGCCAAUCAGAAGUUGGAACAGCUGUCUGGCUGGCCAAUGGGAGUGUGUCGAGGGGUCAGUGUCAGCCGCAGGUGAAGUGGAUAGUAGUGCUGUGUGUUCACUCACACUCGCGCUCUGGCGACGUGGAUGCUCAUCCACAAAAACUCCCUUCACGCGGGCCGCGAUGCGACCGAGCUGCCGCCACGGGGCUCAAUCUCCAUUUGAUCCGGAUCUGGGGCGCCUAACCCCGUCGCUUUGUAACCAACAGUGACUUUUCCUGCUUAAAAUGGCUGUGCGCAGCAACUCUCUGAUGCCGUUUUCCAUUCAAGCCAUUCUGAACCGAAAAGAGGAGUCGCGACAUUUGAACGAUCUGGAUGUUUGUUUCUCAAAAAGCGCGUGUUGGAAAAUCUUCGAUGAGAUGGAUGCGCCGGACAGGAGCGAUGAGAGAGAGCACAAGAACUACGAUUCGGACUCCGGGCUGAGCGAGGACAACGACGGUAAAGCGCAAAUCGACGCAAAGCCCGAAAAAGACGCAGAUUUAGCGGACGAAACGGACCAGGAAUCCACGGCGGCGGAGCACUGCAAAGGCCUGAGCGACUGUGUGUCCGACUGUAACGCUGGCGAGGAGAAGAGCAGCGACCAGCCCAAGCAGCGGAAGAAGCGUUCCCGCGCCGCGUUCUCUCACGCGCAGGUGUUCGAGCUCGAGCGGCGCUUCAAUCAUCAGCGCUAUCUGUCGGGACCGGAACGCGCGGACCUCGCGGCCUCCCUCAAACUCACCGAGACGCAGGUCAAGAUCUGGUUCCAGAACCGACGGUACAAAACCAAGCGACGCCAGAUGGCCGCCGAUCUGCUGGCCUCGGCCCCGGCGGCGAAGAAAGUGGCCGUGAAAGUGCUGGUCCGGGACGACCGGAGGCAGUACAGCCCCGGAGAACUGCUGCGACCGCCGCUGCUCUCACUGCAGCCGUCCUAUUACUACCCGUACACGUACUGCCUGCCCGCCUGGAGCCUGUCCUCCUCCUGCACGGGGAACCAGUGACACCGGGACUUACACCUAUUUAUUCUACUAAAGACAGUCGUUUACUGAACACACCGACCGACCGACCGAGGAGCCAAAACCGGGAGAUUUAUUCACAGAACUGCCUCCGUGUUCGGCCUGAAACGGCCUUUGUUUUUCGUCCGAGGACUGAUAUCGGUUUUGCUCCCAUUAGGAUUUCACUUCAGAAUGUACGGAAAAUGUGUUGGUUUUUUAGCAAAAUAUUCUCUCUUCUGGUUGGAAAAGCACUUGAUGUCGUUACUGCGCGUUUCUCGCUAUCGGUAACGGUAAGACUGGCACUUUCCCCCACAGUUCCGAGUAUUAAAAUCAGAGGAAAAUAUUGAAGGUUUGUUGGACUCAUAACAUAAAGUGAGCAGUGAAAUCUCAACGUUUACUCGACAUGUAUGUUUUCAUAUUAGUGUAACGUGUUUUGUUUAAUGAAAAAGAAAUCAAACAUUAAAACGUAUGAAGCAUAAUUUCACUCGUGGUCCUCGCAUUUAAUGACAUGUCAUUUCUCUGAGUAUCUACAGUAAAUGCAUGAAAUUAAUGACCCGUGACACGAGCCCUUUGGACUCACUCGAUUUUAUUAGACACAAAACAGCAAAAAAGACUCACCAAAAAUCGUUCAGUCCACAGUUAGUUCUGUGCUAAAUCGCUGGUUUCAUUUUGGUUCCUCUGAGAGGAAAACCGCCCUACUGUUCUUCAGCGAUCGAGUGUUUUCAUGUAUUUAAGUUGUUUAAGGCAAACUGCCGCUGAAUUGUGCUUUAAAGCUGGAUACAUAUUUAAGCCUCGUUGGCAUUUAUUACAGACAGAAGAAGAAACUAUUGCAAUUACUCAAAUUGGUAACAGCAAUAAAGCCAUUGUGAUUAUAAACAGUGCAAACAAACUAUAAUCAAACCAUUACCGUUCUGUUUAAUAAUAAUGAUAAUCACGAUGAUGAUUAUAAUAAUAAUAAUAAAUGCAUCGGGUUUAUGAUUUAAUGUUAUUUUCAAACGCUUGUAUUUAUGCGCGCGACUGUGCGCCCCGAACAAGGCCUCGCGAGUCUCUCGGCUCAUUACAUAAUUCCCUUGGCUAUAAUUACAGAGCUAAUUCAAUUAAAUGUGUCUGUAUAUAAAUGUAUGAAUUAUAUUCCAAUAAAAAAUAUUAUAUAUAUAGCAUAGCUUGCAUUUCGCUUGGUUUAUGGGUUAUUCUGACAUGGCGAAUUAUUUUCGAAAUUGUGUUAUUAGUAAAAUAACCGUUGUUAUGCUCUGUAGACAAGAAGUACUUGAAGCGUUUGUUUAAUAAUAAAUCAGACAGAUAGAAGAUCCUUCAAAUGCUGUAAAACAGAUGAUGGGCUCCGCGGUGUUUAUUGCAUUCAAGCUAAACUUGAAAACACAAGCAGCUCUUGGACUCCAUCAGUCUUAUAAUUGCAGCAGUGAUUCUCGGACCGAAUACGCGUUCAGAGCAGGUGGGAUGAUCAGGGUCAGCAGUGAGUGUUUCAGGACUGUCUCUGUCUCCUCUGUUAAACUCCCAUGUGAAUCAUAUGAACAGGAUGAAGAUGAACUUUCAGCUGCGGGUCAGGAUCCGUUCUGAUGGCUCGAGGACGGCUUCCGGUAUGUAUGUGUGUUCCUGUGAGGAGCUGAAAUGCACGUUCACACCUGUGCUUUCUGUGGUAUUUUGUGUGCGUGUGUAAAAUAGGCUACUUUUGUGUGACGGGAUUGUGAAAGGGAACAUCAGAUUUACCGGAGCCACUGAUAUUGUGUUUUUGUUUUUUUUAGCCAUUUAGUCUUUGGACUCAAAUUGUUUGGAGAAAUACCAAAAACAUAAAAUUAGGCGAACUAAUUAUAAACCCUUACUGUAUACGCCAAACCUCAGCAAAGUCAAUUUUUACUACAAAUAGUUUGUCAACAGGCUACAGUUUUUUAAAUGCAUGCAGUUUGAACUGAAAUCACUCAAGAAAUAAAUAAGGCCACACGAGGCCUGUAUGAGCGCGUUAUUAUCGCAAACCGAAUAUUCAUCACGAUUCAUUCUGUUUGUUUGGUUGUCCGUUUUCAGGUGGAAAGUUCUUGGAUUUUAAUGACACUUACAAUGAAUGCUUGAAAAUUAGAGUAAUAUUUGACAUUAAUCCCGACAUGAAUGGUUUUGAAUUAACUGAUGCCAGCGAGAGGUUAUUAUGAGGCCUGUCAAGAAAAAAAGUUGAAAAGCACAAUUCCAUUCUUAACAUGAGCAUUUUCUUAAAGCGUGUCUCUGUUUUGGGUUAACAUGGGCCGGUGCAUUGGAAGACUUUGGAUUGAUGGUCGAUAUUUUGAAGCGAUUUCUCAACGAGCGCGUGCAUGUGCCAGGAGUGAUGAGUCCAAAGACGAGCACGAGCCUUUGCAUUCUUCAGCAUAAAUGCAGCGAGUCCGACGGUUCAACUUUCCGGGAAAAUGUGUGUAAUGACCAAGAAAAAAGAGAGAAAAAGAGAGAGCAGGGCCUUAAGCUUUAGUCUCGAGCACAAACGGGCUCGCCCGAGCUGAUCUGGAAAUCAUUCGCAGAUGGAGCUUCAUUUUGCCACUCCAAACGCUAUUGGCAUUGAAAUGAUCACACACACGCACCACAUAAAACUCCAGUGAUUCUUCAGCUCAGAAAAGAUCCUUCUUGUCUUUGGAGAUUAAUGUUUCGUGACAAGCUUUUUUAAUGUCGAUGUAUUUGUUUGCAAACAACCAGUACACCGAACUGGAAAAGAAAAUGUUUUUUCUUUCUUUCUGUGACGUCAUGAUGUCAAAGCCUUAAUGAUUGGAGUUGAAACUUUAAUUCUGAGGAGGGCAAAGAGUUUUGACGUUUUUGUCGUCGUGUAAUGAAUCGCUGUGUUGUGUGACAUGAUGUAUGCUCAGUGUUUCCCGCGUGUCAUUUGUCAUCUUCUAGUCCGCUAGUCUGUAUUUUGACAGGAUUUGCAACUUCAACGCAGCCUCGCAAUUUCCCAGUGCAUAAGUACUUUUUUACUAUCCCGUGAAUGCCUGUAUAUUUUUGGUCGAAUUUUGGAUGUCAAGGACAAUUUCUUUAUACACGCUAAUAGAGCGCGCCUGUCACACAUAAUGGCGCGUAAUCGGGGCAAUCAUUUUCCCGCGCACAGACAUGAGCCAGUUGUUGUUCUAGAUCAUGUUUCGCGUUUAAUGAAAGAAAAUUGGCAUUUCAGACACUUCGCUCUUGCUGCUCAGAACCGUCCACCUGCAGGACGUUCGUUUAUCUCCUAAUUGAAUUAUAUUUUCUCUUCUUUAAGUCCGCACAUGUGCUUUUGCUCCGCGGGUCUUUCUUGGUGAAUCUCUCCGUACCUGCUCGACUCUCUCGGCACCGGAUCAUCGCUAAUCCAGCAGAUAAAGUGGCCGUGAAAGAGUCGCUGGACGUGUGAUGUGAAGCAGAUGUUUCGCGCGUGGAAAUGCUUAACAGGUGCGCGCGCGUGUUUAACCUCGCGCCUCCAGUAGUUAACGUGUCACAGCAUCACGUCUAAUUAUCAUGUCUAAUUAUCACGUCCAAUUACACUCCAGCUUGACUUGUGGGAUGUUUCUGCCAUAAAUGGAGUCUUUAAGAGCGGCCCGAGAACAGAACGGAAAGAUGGUUUUUGAAUUUUCCUUUCUUUUAAAUAAAAACUAAAAUUCAGAUCAGAUGAGUAGAAGUCACUUUACAACAAUUUAUUAUUAUUAUCAUUAGUAAUUAGUGUCUAAGAUUUCAUGUCAUGCAAAUACAAUAAUUUAAAACAAUACACUAGCCUUUUGUUGUUGUUGUUGUUGUCUUAAAUUUAAUGCAAUUCAAAUUAUGCCUCCUUGUUGUUAUUAUUAGGCCUAUUAUUAUUAUUUUAGUCUAAGCAUUCGUGUAAUGUCAAACAUGCCAAAUAAUACAUGUAAAUAACACACAUGGCUAAUAAUAAUAAUAAUAAUAAUAAUUCAUAAUUUUUAUAGUCUGCGUAACGAUUUUUCUCUGUUUUGGUCUCUCUCUCCGCGUUUCUAGAUUUGUGGUAUUAAUUCUAAGGAGUAUAAUUAUAAAUAAAAAUAAAAAAAAUAUUAAAGCUCAGCUGCAUAAAUAAAAAUGAAAGCAAUAGAUCACUGUAAGCGUUUCUGCAUCUUUUUGCGCUUAAUCUGAAUUUUAGUUUAUGUAUGUUUGAACUAAAAUUUCUCGUGUCUUGUGUGUUAACAUUUACGCAUCCAGGCCUAUUUAUCCGUUCAUGAAACUGUUCUGUUCUUAUGUUUAGUGUAAACGUAUUAUAAUUAUUAUUACUAAAUGUAAAAUAUAAAAACCUUUUAUUGCAAUUCAUUACCUGCGUUUACCACGACAGGCCUACAUAAAUGUACACUAUUCACCAUUUGAGGCCUAACACGGGACGCGCAAAGUCGCCAAUAUUUGUUUUUUUUUUUCUUUAAUACAGCGUACAUUUGCAAUAAUUAAAAUCCAUAGCUAAUUCAUAGUUUUGUGUCUGUUGUCUCAGAUAACCUCUGAGUAUUUAUUGAGUAAAUUGGAAUAGUGACCCGAGCCUCUGGGUCUUUCACAUUCGCGCUGUUUCGAAUCUGUGAGGAAAGUUCCAUGGAGUCCCGUGGAAAGCCAUUCGUGAUCUCACAGUCUCUCUAGUGUGUGUCUGAUGAUUUAUUUCAGCCUAGAGAUCCCCGGAGCUCCAUUAGGUCAAAGCUCUCCACGACUUUAUGAAAACUCUCCGAAAACCCAGGAAUUCCUCUUUGAGCGGAUCUAUUUUUGCUGUUCUGCUGUUUGUUUUUCUUGUCCUGAUUGCGCACAGCAAAUCUGAAAUGUCGCGUUUGAAAUGUUCUCAGAUGAUGUCGUGAUGUGUUGAUGAAUUAAAGCUUGAGAAACGAGACUCUGGAGUGAAAUGAAAUGUAGAGCUCGAGACUGUGGAGGGUCUGACACGCGCUUCCACAGUCCAAUGAUUUAUGAAAGUAAAGCGGAGUGUGUUUUUGUCUGUGAUAUUAGAGCUCACAUCACUGCCGUACAGACAAAUCCACACUCGAAUAAUAGGUGAAAUAGAAACUCACAACGUGAUAUUUGAUCUCUGGGGUGGAGAAAUCUAUGAAAAGAUGAUUCUCAAACUAGGCUUGAAAACAUUAGGCUCAAACUAAUGUGUGCAAUUCGCACUUUAGUUUUAUUUGUACUUUAACGAACUGAUUAUUAUUAUUCUUAUUAUAGCUUACAUCAGAAAUUACAGUAAUAGAUUAAAUUUUACUUGCUCAUCACAGGUAAAUCAGAUCUGUACUCUAUGAAGUAAAUCAGUUUCAGGUGUGACAUCAGUCUGUUACAGCGAGUUAUUAGUGAGUCGAGUGUGUUCACAUCACAUUUCCAGCUGAUAUCUGUUGAUGAGGUUUCUGAAAGAGGGGUUUUGUGUGUGUGUGUGUGUGUGUGUGUGUUUCCCUCACCAUAUGACACCAGACACACCCAGCAUAGUGUUUUACUGAGGCCAAGAUCAUACAAUACAGAUGCAAGGUUUUAGUCUCUUUCCUUCUUCCUUACUUUCUCUAAGUUAUUCCAUGGUUUUACACUGUAGACUAACCUAAACACUCACCCUAACAGAAAACCUUCUGCAUUUUUACAAUAAAAAACAAAACAUUUUUUACACUAAGUAUAAAGUGUAAAGGUACAUUUACCUUUAAUAAUAAUAAGCAACAAAAUAAUAAUAACAACAACAGCAAUGUUUGGACAUCAUGGUAAUGCUUUCAACAAGAAUCUACCAUCAUUCACAGUUCAUUAGAAUUAGUUUAAUUAAAUUUUUUUUAUAAAGAAGUUUAUAAUAACUUUUUGCUUUUGUGAAUGAAAAGCCCCAACAGAAGUAAUAUUCUGUCUGAUAAUCAAAUGCAGUGUUAUCAGGAACAUUCACAAAUAUUUGUUAUAGUUUUUACUAAUCUAUUGCUUGAAAGAAUCAAUAUAUCAAAUCACACAUUCAUCUGCAUCUGACUUUUCUUACAAUUUUACAAAUUCUACAUUUUAUGUCUUUCACCAUUUGAAUAUUUUAUAAUAAAAUUAAUUAAACAUUUUAUAUUUAUAUUUAUAUUUGGCAUGACAAUUGGAGUUCAAAAUGCCAAAAGACUUUGUGGUUAAAGAAUGUUUUAGAAAAGAUGAAAGAGUAUGAAAUCCACAGAGAGAAUCUGUCCAGUCAAUGAGUGGUUUCAGUCAGUGUGGAUGUUACAUGUUCACUGUCAUUCUUUUCAUUGCGAAGGCAAUUUCAGAUGUGGUAUUUUGGACGGAUUCUCUCUUUGCUGUGCAGAUCUUUCUCUCUUUCUCUAUCCAGGCUUGGUUUCCAAGAUCACGGUCACUCCGUCUGAUUUGGAGCGGAUUAGUCUCUCAUUAAUUUGGUUAAUUGGUUAAGGUAAUUUAGUGGUUCUGUACAGAGCCAAAUGACACUGAAGUUUUUAUUGUUUCAUCAAGAGAUUUUUGUGACUUUCUUUACACUUGAUUAAAAAAUCAAGGUAUUUUUUGGCAUCAGUGGUUUCAUGAAGAACAUCCACAGAACAUUUCCAUUGCACAGAAAGUUAUUUUCAUAGUAGAAAAAGGUUAUUUUCAAGAACUGCUGAAUGAGCCGGUUCUUCUAUUGUAUUGCAAUAAAAGCACCCAUUUGGGACUUUAUUUUUAAGAGUGUAGUGACGCUUUUCACAGUUUUGGAGUUUUUUAGGCUGCGGUUGGCUUUCAGAUAUAUGUUACAUAUUUAGACGUUUCAAUGUUUUUUCUUCUGUAUUUCUUGUUGAAAGCCUGUUUUAAUUGUUUGGUUGUUCUAAACUAUUUAAUAUAAAUAUAAUAUAAUUCUCUCUCUCUCUAGACUUGUGCCUUUACUCUCCAAAUUAGAGAAAUGGUGUGGAAUUUUAGGGGAGGUGUUUUCACCAAUGCUUUUUUAUCUAUGGGCCUAAAUACAGCAAAAACAGAAAGACAAUUCAUGUUUUGCUGAAUUUUUUGUUCAGACAGGCAAAAAUGGCAAUUUGGCUUUCACGUAAAGGAAAAAUGAAUAACAUGAAGUCCAAUGAUGUAAUGACAGUUUUGAAAGGUUUAAUAACAUCAAGGUUAAAGGUAGAAUAUGUUUUUUAUAAUGUAACCAAAGAAACUUUUAAUUGCAUUUGGGGUGUAAAUCAGUGUAUAUGUGCAACAGACACUAGUGGAUGUUUGGAAAUUAAUGUAUAAUUCUGUUUUAUGUCUUUUACAUAUAUUUUAUUUUUUAUAUGUAAGUAAAAAAAAAGAAGAUUUUGA